ACGUGUGGAUGUUUACGGAUGACGUUGGGCAGGAGCUACACAGCGAUGUGGCUAGCACUGCUUUUCGGGAUGAAUUUGAAUAAUUAGCCUACAGAUUUCGUAAAAUUUCCAGGUAGAAAAAGCGGUAAGAAGGGCUGAGGCAAGAUGUUGGAGUCCUAUGUUACACCGCUCCUGAUGAGCUAUGUCAACAAAUACAUCAAGAACCUGAAGCCGUCUGACCUGCAGCUCUCCCUGUGGGGCGGGGAUGUGGUCCUUAGCAAACUAGACCUCAAACUGGAUGUACUGGAACAGGAGCUGAAGCUGCCCUUUACAUUCAUGAGUGGUCACAUACAUGAGCUGCGGAUCCAUGUGCCCUGGACCAAACUUGGCUCUGAGCCUGUUGUCAUCACAAUCAACACCAUGGAGUGUAUCCUCAAACUACGGGAUGGAGCCCAGGAUGACCAUGAGAGUGGGUCCAGCUCCACCAGUCGCAGUGUGUCAGACAGCUCCAAGGCCAUAGCCAAGCCCCGACGCAUCCAGCAGACUGCCCCGAGUGACCCAGACCUACCCCCAGGAUAUGUGCAGAGUCUGAUCAGGCGGGUGGUGAACAAUGUCAACAUCGUGGUGAACAACCUAAUCCUGAAGUAUGUGGAGGACGACAUCGUGUUGUCUGUCAAUAUCACAGCAGCCGAAUGCUAUACUGUGGACGACAUGUGGGAAAGGGCUUUCAUGGACAUCACUGCUCCAGAACUUGUGCUGAGGAAGGUCAUCAAUUUUGCCGACUGCACAGUCUGCCUGGACAAGAGGAACGCCAGUGGGAAGAUCGAGUUUUACCAGGACCCUCUGUUAUACAAGUGCUCCUUCAGGACACGGCUUCACUUCACUUAUGACAAUAUCAACUCCAAGAUCCCAUCAGUCAUCAAAAUUCAAACAAUGGUUGAGAGCCUGAAGUUGUCCAUAACGGAUCAGCAGUUGCCGAUGUUCAUUAGAAUAUUAGAGUUGAUUAUUGCCCUUUACUACGGGGAAAUUGGAGGACACAAAGACGGAGAAGGAGAAGAGGGGAGUGGGCAUGUCAAAGAAGCAGGAUUGAAUUUAACCGGUGUGGAUGUGGAUAUGGAGAGCCCUAUGUCUAGUCCAGACCUCUACAUGCACUCGGCCAACACUCCAGGAGAGCCAGACCAGGGCUGGGUGUCCUGGGCUUGGUCCUUUGUACCAGCCAUUGUAGGAGCAGAGGAGGAAGGUGAAGAACUUUAUGAGGAACAAGAAGGAGGAGGCAUCACUAAAGGUCCUCAUCAACACACUCCCAAAGACCCCAUAGUGUCCAUUGGUUUCUACUGUACCAAGGCUUCAGUUACAUUCAAGUUGACUGAGACCCAGUCGGAAAGCAGCUACUACAGUCCUCAAAAAGUCAAGUCCAGAGAGGUUUUGUGUUUGGAAAAUGAGGGAAUUACUAUUGAGGUGCUGAUGAUGGGAGAGCCCUUCUUUAAUUGUCAGAUUGGGUUUGUGGGUUGCCAGGCACUCUGCCUGAAAAGCAUCAUGGGAGUUCGAGACUUUGAGGAAAACAUGAACCGAAAUGAAAAGGAUGCAGUGUUCUUCUCAUGUGGGGACAGCCUGAGCAGUAAAGGUAUGACGUACCUCACUAACUCCUUAUUUGACUACCGAAGCCCAGAGAACAACGGAGUGAGAGCUGAGUUCAUCCUGGAUGCUGCUAAUCACAAGGAGACCUACACAGAGAUAGCAGGCAUGCAGCGCUUUGGUGCUUUCUACAUGGAUUACCUUUACACAAUGGAGAACAGCAGUGGAAAAGACAUGCAGGAGGUUUCACUCAUUAGUGCAGAGGAGCCUGUCCCAUCUUUCCAAGAGACGUCUAUUAAGCGGCUUGUAGUUGGACCUCUGGAUGUUCAGCUUCACAGCAGCGCAGUUCAUCGCAUCCUCAAGAUGGUCACGUGUGCCAUGGAUCAUGAGUAUGAGCCCUACUGUAAACCCCAGCAAGAAACCAUUGAGGAGAGGCAUGCUCCACCUACGUCUGAUGAAAUAGCAAAAUUGGAAGAGUUUAUUCCAUCUAGAUUGACAUGUCUAACUUUUCAUCAAGUUUCUGUGACUAUUUCAAUGGCAGAAUUCAACCUUCUACAUACACUAAUGCCAAUUAUCAUGGGGCAAAAGGCUGUCCAGGUGCCUCUCCAUAUACCAGUGUUUCAGCCUGUGCGUCCUCUUCCAUCAGUACAGUUCAAAGUGGAAAAAGUAAAUGUUGAACAUUCAGUGCCUAUGUAUGCUCCAGAACUCAUCAGCACUGUGAGCAGUCUGAGUCAGCCUUCAGACAACCUCCUGCACCAUUGCUAUGCACAUCUCUACCUCAAGGUGUUUGGUUUUCAGACUGGUUUGACAUGUCAGGCCAGCACUGGGGCCUUCCUCCCUCUCAUCACCGUCAUCCCCUCCUUCAGUACCGCUCUCUAUGCCAAACUGAUACAGCUGCCGGGAUACUGGACCAAGCGAUCUUCAGUCCCGACAGCAGAGUGUAUUUUUGAGCUUCCACACUUCACUGUACAGGCCACCAGAGCCCAGACGCUAUUGCUGCAGGCUAUUUACCAAAGCUGGACGCACAGUGUGGUGACAGGGGUUCCACAGGCGCUCAACGAGAGUCUACUCAAUGAAGUAUUCAAAUCCCCAGGUGUGAAAUCUCAAGGCCUGUCACCAACUCUCGAGGGCUCGCUCCAAAACCUGGAGUUGAAGCUGUGCAGUCGUGCGACGGUGAAAUGUGCGUCUGGGACCGUGGGAGCCGUAAAAGUGUGCGCCAGGACUCCAGGUUCGGGAGAGGGGGUGAAGGAGAAGCUGGUUCCUCUGAUCCAGGGUCCAUCUGACACCAAAGAGCUGCACAUGAGCCGCUGGCUUAAUGAGAUCCGCAAGCCUGAGUCUCUGCUGGCCCCUGACCUGCUGGCGUUCUCUGUGCAAGUCCCGCAUCACGCAGAUGAUUGCAGGAACUCCGGUGCAGUGCUUCUAGUCAGCGUCCAGGGCAUAGCUGUCAAUGUGGACCCAGUCUUCUGCACUUGGCUGCUGUACAAUCCUAACCGGGGGAGCAGCAGACAGCAGCAAACCACUUCUGGACCAGUCCCACUGGUGAAGAGGAAAGACGAUGAAGUCUCUGUUGGGAGCACACCACUGGCCAAGCAAACCUCCAAUCAGGCAUCAGACUAUGCUAGCAGUCCAGUCAAAACCAGACUGUCACAGCUGCUGGCCCCUACACAGCAUACCUCUGCUCCUGAGAAGCCCGUUUCUGAUCUGGCUGAACUCCUGAAGGUUGGCCCAAAGUCCCGCCCUCUUUCCAUCCCAAUGAAAGUGAUGCCCGAGAGCCCAGCUGUGGAGUCCUGGACUGCUUCAGAGGAGAGAGUGAAGGAGCUCAUCUCUCAGGCUUGGGACGCUGUAAAGCGCCUAACUCUACAGUUGGAGUUUCAGGCCUGCUGUGUGUUCCUGCCCAAUGACAGCCUGCCGUCCCCCAGCACCAUCAUCUGUGGGGACAUCCCUGGAACUGUCCGGAGCUGGUACCAUAAUCAGGCGGCCAUGCCCGGGACUCUGGUGGUCUGUCUGCCCCAGAUCAGCAUCCUGAGCACAGGACACAAGUACAUGGAACCACUGCAGGAGUUGCCCUUUGUGGUCUCCAGGCCCAUAUUAGAGGAAGGUGAUGCUUUCCCUUGGACAAUCAGCCUGAGUCAGUUCAGUGUCUAUACCCUCCUUGGAAAGCAGCAGAGCCUGAGCCUGCUGGAGCCUAUGGGCUGCACCUCUACACUGGCUGUGACCUCCCACAAACUGCAGGGUUCAGAGGGCAGGCAUUCCUUUGUGGUGUGCCUCCAUGUGGAUCUACAGCCGGUCCAUGUCAAGUUCUCCAAUCCACAGGUCCAGCUGUUGUAUGAGCUGCUUCUGUCCUGGAGCUUCACUUGGGCCCGCCUGCAGAAACGUGGCUUCCUCCGUCAAACCUCCAACGUCCCAGAGCUGCCUGUAGUGGGCGCUCCAUCCUCCCCUGUACGCAGCAGUGCUGGAACUGCCCCACCGGACACCAGCACCUGCAGCCCCUCUGCGGACUUUGGGUCUCCCACAGAGGGGGAUUCUGUGCCAGCCGGAGAUGACAGUCCAUUUGCUGACACAGUCACUUUGGAGCAGAAGACCAGUACCAUUGGAGGCACCAGUGGGAAGGUCAGCCUGUGGAUGCAGUGGAUGUUACCAAAAGUCACUAUCAAACUUUAUGCCCCUGAUCAACCUGCCAAGAAAACAGAAAUCUGUGUCAUCAGUGAACUUGAAGACUUGAGUGCCUCUGUGGAUGUUCAAGAUGUCUACACAAAGAUCAAAUGUAAAGUUGGCAGCUUCAACAUCGACCAUUACAGAUCCAGGCCAGGGCAAGGCUGGCACUGUGGCCACUAUGAAGGAGUCGUUCUGCAGUGCAAGGAGACAGCUGUGACCGCAGCCAAAGUCCUGGAAGGCUCCCACCAGCAACAUGGCUUCUUGUCCAUCACCUACACUCAGGCUGUCACCAAAAACGUUCGACACAAACUCACAACUCGACCCGAGCGUCUACCCCGGAGCAGCAGCACCACUGCUGGUCACAGAGUGUCCCCUGACCCCCUGGCCGACAGUGCACCCCAAUAUCUGAGAGAGAUCCUGCUCACUGCACAGCCCUUUGACAUGGUGCUCUCCUGCCCAUUGCUGGCCACUGUGGCAGGGGUUUUUCAGACAACUGUCCCAAGACGUUACAGGGAGCGUGGGAAGUCAACUGGUCAGCCAAUGAGAAACCACACACUGACCUCACGCAGCCUGCCUCUCAUCUACAUCAACACCAGUGUGAUCCGGGUCUUCUGCCCUGGUUCACAGGACCAGCACUCCCCCGCAGCUGAUCCACUCUUGAAGAAAGAAGACACCCUAGUGUUAAAGCUGGGUUCUUUAAGCAUGGCUCCACAAGCUGAUAACCCUUUGACUCGCACAGUGUUACGGAAAGAUAUCUACCAGCGUGCAUUAAACCUUGGCAUCCUGCGGGACCCCGGUUCAGAAGUGGAGGACCGCCAGUACCAGGUGGAUCUCACGUCCAUCAACAUCGGCACAGCCCAGUGGGAGCAGCUCAAACCGGACAAGGAGGGGGUCAAAGGAGGCCUGUCUGCCGAGACCGAGAGGAGCUCCCAGAACCCAGCGCUGGAGUGGAACAUGGCCAGCAGCAUUAGGAGGCACCAGGAGCGACGGGCCAUCCUCACACCCAUCUUAACAGACUUCUCUGUUCGGGUGACUGCAGCUCCUGCCAUAAUCUUCAGCAAGAAUCUCUCCCCGGAUAGCGCACAAGCAGAGGAGGUGGUGGUGUGUGGUCACUCUCUGGAGGUGAACCUGACCAGCAGCCUGGACUUCUACCUCAGUGUGGCCCAGGUGCAGCUCCUCCAACAGCUCCUCCGGGACAACAUGAUCGGUGUGGAAACGGGUCAGAGAGGAACGGAGGUGCGUCGACAUGAGCAGAAGCUCCGCAGUCGGGAUACCUCUGUAGGGGUAGAGGCCCCAUCCCGGCACAGUGGUACAGGGCAGGACAGUGGCUUUGGCAGUGACAGUGCACACAUCAGAAUUGUCCAAAUUGAGCAACAGAGUGGAGCCAGCCACCACUGCCUGGCCCGACCAUCCCACAAGUCCACCAUCACCAAAAACCUCAGCUUCAUCCCCUUUGACAUCUUCCUCACUGCUAGCAGACUGUCAGUCAUGACCUACGCCUGCUCUAAUCCCCCAUUAUCUGACACACCCAGUACACCUGAGAAGAAGGACCCUGCUGAAAAAAUGGGAAAGAGUGCCUUGAACCAGCCUGAAGUGCAAUCUGUCUCUCCUCCAAUCUCUCCGUCACCCACUCCGGAUGGACCUUUGGCAGCGGCUCAGGGGUCUCUGGCAGGGUUAACGGCAGAGGACAUACUGAACAGUAACAUGUCUCAGCCUGCCUCUCCACUGAUGAGGGGCAGCCUGCUCUCACUGGAGGGUCUGCCCAUCCCCAGCCGCUCCUCUGCCCGCCAGGCCUUGGGGGUGACUAUAGUAAGGCAGCCAGGGCGCAGGGGGCCCGGGGACCAGCUUUUGGAACCCUUGCUGUACCUCCAGGUGAUGCAGCCCUCCAUCCUGCUCAGCUGCCAUCACAGAAAGCAGAGGAUAGAACUGUCUGUGUUUGAUGUGGCCUUAAGAGGAGUGGCCUCAGACUACAAGUGCCUUGACCUGGGGAAGACAUUGCCAGAGUCUCUAGAUUACAACGUGUCCUGGCUACAGACAGUAGCCGGAGAAGUGGACAGUAAAACGGGCAUCCCUCCCCCUCUGCUCUGUCUCCAGGUCAAAGACUUCCUCAAUGGACCAGCUGAACUCAACAUAGAGUUUUCACGCCCUCUGAAGAUCAACCCCACACUGGCGAAGCUGGAGCAAGCCAAGUCUUAUCUGAAGAAGGUGUACCCAAGUUACCCUUGGGACAUUUCCAGCACCAAAUCAUCAACCAGCUCCUCCAGCCCACGCUCUUCACCCUCCAAGACUCGGACCAGUACCCCCCGACUGGACACUCACCACCAGGCCCCAGUGGGUACUUUUGGGGCUCUAGGUGUCACUUUUCAUAAGGUUUCCGUCCACACGGCCCAGAUCGUCAUUGUGAUGGAGACAGAAGCCCACCCGAAGAAACCAAGCGUGGCCUUAUCCAUGUCUGCAAUGAAGGGGAGUCUCAACUUCAAAUCUGGACCAAGGGCUGAAGACCCAGUCCAAGCUGCAUCAGUGCUUUUGGAGGUGCAGGACUUGCUGGUGAAGACAGGCCUUGGGGAGCGUGUCCAUGUGCUGCUCGGACCCUUCUCCUGCCGGACAUCCCUGGAGGCACGCUGGUGUCGGCACAGCGGCAGCCCGGGACCAGAACCCGGAGCCCCCAAGCUCCUGUUGGACCUGAGGGGGGGGCUACUGCAGCUGUUUUGGGGCCAGGAGCAUCUGAACUGCCUGAAGCUUAUAGAUGAGCACCUCCGCUUGUACCUUCAGUUGGACAAAGGGGCGACAACGGAGCCAUGUUUGGGACCUGCCUGUCACACCCAGCCCCCUGCCUCCCCUGCAUCCCCCUCGCCUCGCACUGAACACAGCUCUGACGACCUGCGUACAGGACACUUCCAAUACAUGCAGGACUCAGCUUUGCAGCGGCAACCUGGACCCCAUGAGGUUGUGUUUUAUAGUGAAACUGAAGACUGUCCUGGAGUAAUGUUGUGGAGGUACCCCGAGCCCCGUGUCCUAACCUUUGUGAGGAUUACACCCAUCCCUUUCAACACCACUGAAGAUCCAGAGAUCAGCACUGCAGACCUGGGAGACAUCCUGCAGGUGCCAUGCAGCCUGGAGUACUGGGACGAGCUGCAGCAAGCCUUUGUGCCUUAUCGGGAGUUCAGCUUGUCAGAGAGCAGUCCCUGCCAGCUGCACCUGCCUAGCCUGAGCCUGACGGAGCAGCAGAAAGAGCUGGUGGCCUCAGACCUGUGGAGGAUCGUGCUCAAUAACAACGGAGAGGGCGGAGAUGAACAGAGCUUGGACAGUGACUGUGGCUCAGUGCUACACUGUGAUCAGCUGGUCUCGCCCAUGGCCCUGGCUGCCUGUACUCGUGUGGACUCCUGCUUUGCUCCGUGGUUUGUCCCGUCACUCGGGGUGUCUCUAAAACUUGCCCAAAUGGAAGUGCACCUCUGUCAUCACCUAGAGCAGCUGGGCACAGUUCCUCCACAUAGACUCCGCCCCUUCCUGCCAGACAGGAAGUUGCCUCAGGAGCAGGAGUUCAUGGUGACCAGUGCCCGGGAGCCUCGGGUCCUUUUACGUCAAUGGAGCAAUGGGCCACGCUACUGUCAAGAGUUCAACUUUUCCACGCAACUGGAAUGCAAGCUUUUAGAGUACCGGAAUCUAACACAACUUCAGCUAGUACAACCCUGUCUGCUACAGGGUCAGGCCACUGCCUCGUGCUGUCCGCAGUCCACCAUGUUAGAUGCAAAUGUGUUUGUGGACCCAGUCUUUUUCAGGAUCAGCCAAUAUGCCAUUCACACAGUGGACACAGCUUUGAAAAGCUGGCAACAGAAUGGUGACCCUGAGGCAGAGGAGCUUGUGUACAGCCACUAUGUGAUCUGUAACGACACUCACGAGACACUGCGCUUUGGUCAGGUGGACACAGACGAGAAUGUGCUGCUGGCCAGCCUCCACAGUCAUCAGUACAGCUGGAGGUCUCACAAGUCCCCACAGCUGCUGCACAUCUGUAUCGAGGGUUGGGGGAACUGGCGCUGGUCUGAGGCCUUCAGCAUUGACAACGUGGGGACUCUGCUGCGGACCAUCCAAUACAAGGGCCGCACUGCCUCACUCAUUAUCAAGGUCCAGCAGCUCACUGGGGUGCAGAGACAGGUGAUAAUCUGUGGCAGGCAGGUGAUGUGUAGUUAUUUGAACCAGGACAUUGAGUUGCGAGUUGUGCAGCAUUAUGUGGGCUCCGACAGUCAGACGGUGGUGAAGGAGCACUGUGACUGCCUGGAGGCCGGGGGUAAACUGCCCUCUUACGUGCUGGAAGACGCAGAGAUGACAGAACUGUGUUUACGGGCUAAAGGAGACGAAGAUUGGUCCCAGGACGUACAGCUAGAGAGGAGGGACAAGACCACCUCCAGCUCUGUGGUUCAGGUUCCAUGUUCCAGUGGAUCGUUGCUGUACGUCUGGUGCACCCUCAUCACCCUUGAACCUGAUACUCACAUGCAGCAGAGAGUGGUAGUGUUCAGUCCUCUGUUUGUGAUGCGAAGCCACCUCCCUGACCCUGUGAUUGUCCAUGUGGAGAAGAGGAACCUGGGGCUGAGAGAGAGUCAGCUCAUCCUGGGACAAGGCCACCAAGAGCCACUACUAAACACAGAAGCUGACCAGACACACCAUCUCACCUUCCAAGCCAGGGAAGAUGAAGACGCAUCCAACUGUGCAGUGCCCAUCUCCACAAGCCUGAUCAAACAGAUCUUAAGCAAAACAGGAAGUCAAGACAAUCUGGAUUUCAUCCUAAAUGACUUCUAUGGAGCAAAGACAUCCACCGAGCUGGAAUGGCCAUAUGUCUCCAAGGACAGUGACAGGCCUGUGUCAGACCCCUUGGCUCAGUGGGACAGUCCCAUGCAGGUGAAGCUGUCCUGCUGGAAGCCUGGUCUGAACACACUGCUGGUGGAGCUGCUGCCCUGGGCUCUGCUGGCCAAUCACUCCCAGUGGGACCUGUGGCUGUUUGAGGGGGAGACCAUUGUGCUGCAGAUACCAGCCGGGAAGAUCAUAGUGCCUCCCAACUUUAAGGAGGCUUUUCAGAUUGGCAUCUACUGGGCCCACACCAACACUGUCCACAAAUCCACUGCUCUCAAACUGGUGCAUGAUGUGACGUCUCCGCGGUGGAAGGAAGGGCUGAGCUCCGAGGUGGUCACCUUGGACGAGGAGGGCUUUGUGGAGGCAGAUAUAACCCUCGGAGCUUUCCCCGGCACGCAGAAGCUCUGCCAGUUUUGUGUGUCUUCAGUCGUAAGACACGGCAUCCAAAUCCUUCAAAUCGAGGACAGGACAGUUUUGGUCAACAACACUUCUUACACCAUACAAUACAGACCUCUGCUGACAAAGCACUCUCUGGGAAGCGACGACCAGGCCUGUCAGAUCCCAGAGAGUUCCGUGCUCGCUCUUCCUCCAUGUGAGCAGGCGUCCCAGGGGAGACCUUGCUCGGUGCCCUGCUGGGACCUCCUCCACACUGGGGCCCAGGGCAGUGUGGCGUUCCCUCUGCCGCUCAAACACAUGUGCUUCAGUCUCCUCCCACAGCCUGCACCCUCCCAGUGGAGUCUGCCCAUCCCAGUGCGCACAGACCUGCACCGUCUCAGUGUAGCCGUGCUUGGGGAAGUGGACUGUUGGGGUGGCCCAUGCAGCAGAGCUUUGGUACUGACAUAUCAGGAGCACCUCGGGGUGACAUACAUUACUCUAAAUGAAGACCCCUGCCCACGCAUGAUCAUCCAUAACAAGUGCCCUCUCCCUUUGCUGCUAAAAGAGAUUUGUAAAGAGACUCCCAGGACUGAGCUCUACUGCCUUCCUUUGCCUGCUAAUAGCUCCCUGCACCAUGAGCUGUACCAUCACUUCUCCACUUUCCCAGAGUGCAAACAGAAAGAUGCACUUCCCUCUCUGCAGCUAAAGACUACCUCAGACCACUGCACUCCAGAUUGGACCGACCCCAUAGACAUUAACUGCCCAGGCACUCAGGUGGUGUUCCUGGCAGGCUUUGGCUGCCUCUACAUCCAUGUGUCUUAUGAGAGGGGGACUCUGGUCUUGUCUUUGGCACCAGAGGGCAGCAUGGACCCUGUAAUCUACCCUCACAGCAGGAGUCCGAAGCUGUCCUUCAGAGUGCUCCUGAGUGAAGCUAGUGUGGUCCUAAAUGAUGACAUCACAAAUCCGUCUGGUUCAGUGGAGCUGCUCAGAAUGACUCUAACUAAAGUGCUCCUGAAUCUGUCCCCUGCUCCUGUCCUAUUGCCAACGGACACACAAGAGGACCCUACUGCAGACUCCCCCACUGUCUCACCCCUAAUAUCUGAUGGCUCUAUGGUUCAAGUCUACUGCUCCAGCCUGCAAGUGGACAACCAAUUAUACAACCGGGCCAGUUUCCACUUCCCUGUGCUGCUGUGUCAGGACCAGCGGGGGGCAGUGGAGAGUGGGGGCCUCUGGAGCAGCGACACUGACCCCUUUGACAGUCCUGAGACACUGGAGGAGUUCAAACGCUCCUGUUUUUUGACUCUUCAAGUCAACCUGGCUACAGACCUAUGCACAAUAGAGGAGGUCAUUUUCCAUCUGCAGCCGGCCAGAGUCUACCUCGAAGACACCUUUGUUUACUACAUCAAGACUUUGUUCCACACGUACAUCCCGGCAGCAGCAGAGAGGAGCAGCACGGAGAGGCUUGGACUUGUGCCCAGAGUCCCACAACAGGUUGUCCAGUCAGUGCAGGCCCUGGUCCACCCUGUGCGGCUGCAGAGACUGACCAUUGAGCCGGUGCACCUCCUGGUCAGUAUCCACGCCUCUCUGAAGCUGUACAUCGCAUCAGACCACACACCUCUGUCCUUCUCCCUGUUUGAGAGGGGGCUGCUCUUCACCACAGCCCGACAGCUGGUACACGCUCUGGCCAUGCACUACGCUGCAGGGGCACUCUUCAGAGCAGGUUGGGUGGUGGGCUCCUUGGAGAUCCUGGGCAGUCCUGCCAGUCUGGUGCGGAGCAUUGGUAAUGGUGUAUCAGAUUUCUUUCGGCUGCCGUACGAAGGCUUGACCCGCGGCCCUGGAGCCUUUGUCAGUGGCGUGUCCCGAGGAACCACCUCCUUUGUCAAACACAUUUCCAAAGGCACACUGACCUCCAUCACCAACCUGGCAACCAGCCUGGCCCGCAACAUGGACCGGCUGUCCCUGGACGAGGAGCACUACACGCGUCAGGAGGAGUGGAGGAGGCAGCUGCCAGAAAGCCUGGGAGACGGGCUCAGACAGGGGCUGUCACGAUUGGGGAUCAGCCUGUUAGGAGCCAUAGCCGGCAUCGUGGACCAGCCCAUGCAGAACUUCCAGAGGAACUGGGAGCUGCAGAGUUCAACCGGGAGCACAGCCAAAGGGGUCAUCUCUGGAGUGGGGAAAGGCAUUGUGGGAGUUUUCACCAAACCCAUCGGAGGAGCGGCCGAGCUGGUGUCCCAGACUGGAUACGGGAUCCUUCACGGAGCAGGACUGUGGCAGCUCCCAAAACAGCUAUACCUGCCCAUAGAGGAGAAGUCAGCCCAGGCCCCCAACAGCCACCUCAAAUAUGUCUGGAAAAUGCUGCAGUCACUGGGCCGGCCAGAGGUGCACAUGGCACUGGAGGUGACCAUCGUGAGCGGGUCGGGGCAGGAGCACGCGGGCUGCCUACUCCUCACUUCAGACGUCCUCUUUGUCGUCAGUCUGAGCGAGGACACACAGCAGCAGGCCUUUCCCAUCACAGAGGUGGAGUGUGAGCAGGACCCAGGUCAAAAGGGUGAAUUGACUCUCACCUUACAGCAGCAGACAGUGACCAGUGACCCUGAGAGCGACGGUGUGCGUGAGCGUCUUUCGGAGCAGCAGUACAAACGCCUGGUGGACUUUGUGAGCCGCUCAUGUCAGUUCCUGGCCCCAUCCAGCACCUCUCUCCAGCUGCAGCCCGCCGUCAGCCUCGCCAAGCCCCCGCCCUCUGUCACCAAGACCUACCGAUACCUGGUGGACCCCGCUUUUGCCAAAGUGUUUGUCAGUAAGUUCCACACGGUCAAGAACAAAGCCUUAAGAAUUGGAUUUCACUAAGUUGAAGACUUUUUUGUGUAAUUUGUCCCCAUUUGGUACCUUACCUUGAUGUGCCCUGUAGAAUGCUAGUAACAUUUUAAAACAACUCUGGAUUUGCUUAUUUUUGUCUGUGAAGCAACUGUAAAACACUAUCGUAAAUACCCACAUGGUCAUUAGACUCCUGUGUAAUCUUUAUACGUUUUAGUUUUAUCCUCCACAUUUUACCGUGUCAUCUUUAAACAUUGAGUCACAAACACAAUGUUUGUGUAAUUGCAGUGCGCAUUUUUUUUGGUCUAUAUGUAAAAUCGGCUGAACAAUUUUUAACUACAGAUUUAUUAAUGUUUUUACAGCAAUUGUGAGCUUUUUCCUCAGAAUAUUAUUAAGACUACUUUGUAAACGUGUCUAGUUUAUAUGUAUAUAUAAGAGUUCAAAAGCAAAAACAGAUUUCUCUGUUUUGAAAGUUUGAUGGCAGUAAAAUAGAUUUGGCUUUUGGAAAUAUUACUAUACUAAGUGUAAACUGCAAACCUCCAAUCAAUUUUUCAAACUUACAUGUUUUUGCAAAUGAACUCUUCAUGUAAUAUAAUAUACAGAGUUAAUAUAGAGAGAGAGAGAUCUCAAAGUUAAAACAUAGAGGCCUUAACGUUGUCGUUUUGCAUUAAAAAAAAUGGGAAAACUGUAUUGAGGGAAGUAAUGUUGUUAUGACACUGGUCGUGUAUGAUGUUUUUGUAAAAUAUAUUUGUUUUCACACAAAGUGGUAUUAUAUCCAAAUAGGGGUUGUAAAGCACACUAUUUCAAGUCCACAUGUAUUUAUCCUUACUAAAAUAUUUGUGAUUGAGAUACAAAGAUGAACACUAUGAAAACUACUGAUUAUUAGACACAUUACAUUAAGUGACAUACUUGCAUAACAGAAAGUCUAUGUCCCAUGUUCACAUGAUGGAUAGAUCUAAACAGGGUGCACCAUAGUAAUUGAAAUUUGAAAUACUGCGAUCAUAUGUUGGCACAUAAAAUAUUAUUAUAUAAAUAAAUAGAAAUAUUUACAUAUUUUUGACUGGAUCUUGCUAAACUCAAAGCAAAAUGCAAAUAUGAAGCCCACACAGAGUAGUAUUAAUUAUCAAUGAGAAAUACUGUGCAGGCCUGUUGACUAUCGUCACCUAUGUCUUUGAAUAUUUUAGGCUGCAAUGGACCAAGUGUGUGCUUUAGUGUUAAAUGCAGCUUUUGGAUCUGACUGAAAUGCUGCACGGUCUCUUUCCUCACUGUAGCUGUCCUUGUUUACUCUGUCCUCCUCCAAGUCUGUCUGAUGCCAAUGUAAAGUGCAAUAUUAUCAAAAUGUUGAUUGACGCCCCAUGUACCAGCUGUCAACCAAAAUGUUUGUAGAGAUGAUGUAAGUUUAGUUUCUCAAGAACACUGAAAGUCGUUACUCUUGUUGCCAAUCCCUGAUGAUGCAAAUGUUGGUUAAUGCCUUUUUAUUGUGUGAGACUAAUGGCUUUGUAAAUGGAUAAUAUAUGAGAGAAUUGUUUUAAU